UUCGUCGUUUACCACUUCCACAACCCUCGGCCGAAUCGGGUGGUGCAGUCUGAUUGUAGUAGUUUCCGUUUGAGGAUGGAAUCAGCAAUAUGUUUUUUUAAUGCGGAAUUUGUUGCUGAGGUGUAUGGUGCUAUGUACUGGUGACGGGUUUCAAGGGUUAGCUGUCGGAGGACCGGGAUGUUUAUCUUAUUUACGGCGUUGGGGCUCGAUGUUUGAUAACUUAUUAGGAAAAUUAAAUAAAGGGUUGGUCUGAUGUCGUGCCAGUGUGAUCUUCGAAUUUCUGAGCAAAUGGGUAAUAGAGAGUCUGCAUAGCAGCCUGUAAUUUAGGAGGUGAAAAUUAAGUAUUAUAGUGGCGGAUUAACGCCGAUGCAAUUGAUUCUCUCGUCACAUCGAACUAGGUCGUUCCCUGUAUCCACGCUCUUCACAGCAGCUUACGGCAGUAGCGAACUUUCGAAUGCGAGCUUCCUCGACUUUGCGCGCCAUUAUCUGACUUAGCAUCUUCUCACUUUCGUUGAAUUCGUCUGCGUAGUUUGGUCUAUUUCCUUUUGUGCGUUCGCUGAUUUCAAUUUAUUUUCUGGUGCGGGUGUUGUGGUGUACACCCGAGCACGCUGAAAUCGCUCCAAAGAGUGUAUAGUUCUUGGUUCCCACCUCCUUCCAUUUUUGAUCUUACUAUAAAAUGCUUGAAUUCCUCGGUUGCAGGCAAUUUAGUAUCUCUUUGGAGUGAGGAAUUAGUGUUUCUAGCGGCGGUUGGUUCUUUUGUGAGAAACCAUGGCUGCAAUGUCGAAAGGAGCGCCAGCGCUAGGGUUAGCGCUAAAGACGAGCGAAGUAAAACAUCAAGACUGUAGUUCGUCGUCGGCCAACUUCAGUUCUUCUAGUACCAGGCGCCGGAGCAGAAGCGGAGUUGGCCGAGUCAGCAUGCAUUGUCGGGCAGUUUUGGCAACUGAACAGGUGGAAGCUCCUAUUAAAUCACCGUUUCCAGUUCAAUACACAAAGUUGUUCAUCAAUAAUAGCUUCGUUGACUCGGUUUCAGGAAAAACAUUCCCAUCUAUUGAUCCGAGAUCCGAAGAGGUUGCUGUAGAGGUGGCACAGGCUGCCGCAGAGGAUGUUGACCGGGCUGUGAAAGCUGCUCGGAAGGCCUUCGAGGAAGGUCCUUGGCCCCGCAUGCCAGGCUGUGAACGGGCUGGUAUCAUGAACCGCAUUGCUGAUCUGUUAGAUGAACAUAAGGAUGAACUGUCUGCCCUUGACACGUUGAACAUGGGCAAAGUUUACGACAUGGCACGACUGGGAGAAGCACCUCUUGCUAUCGGGUUAUUUCGGUACUAUGCAGGAUGGUGCGACAAGGCACAAGGGAUGACGCUGCCAACAAAUGGACCGUUUCAUGCUUACACUUUACACGAGCCGAUUGGCGUGGUCGGUUCAAUUUUGCCGUGGAAUGCUCCAUUUUAUCUUCUGGCAAUGAAAGUAGCCCCGGCUCUUGCAUGUGGAAACACCAUUGUCCUCAAACCAGCACAGCAGAGCCCUCUUUCUGCACUUUUGAUCGCUAAGCUUGCAGCCGAGGCUGGAUUGCCAGAUGGCGUUUUGAAUGUGGUUACAGGGUACGGUGAUACAGGCAUGCACAUCGCAAGUCACAUGGAUGUCGACAAGGUAGCUUUCACAGGAUCAACACAAGUGGGACGUCAAAUUAUGCAAGCGGCAGCUCAGAGCAACCUUAAACCAGUGAAUCUUGAACUUGGAGGCAAAUCGCCCUUCAUUAUAUUUGGAGAUGCUGACAUGGACGCAGCUGUUGAAUCAGCACACCAAGCUAUUUUCUACAAUCAGGGACAAAUGUGCGUAGCCGGAUCACGGACAUUUGUUCAUGAAAGUGUCUAUGACGAAUAUCUGGAGCGAGCCAAAGCCCGUGCGGAGAAGCGUGUUGUCGGAGAUCCAUUCAAACCAGGUGUCGAGCAAGGUCCUCAGGCAGAUGAAGCUCAAUUCAACAAAGUAAUGAGCUACAUCAGAGCUGGAAAGGAUGAAGGCGCGCGACUUAUUACUGGUGGCGAGCGGGUGGGCAGCAAGGGCUAUUAUAUCCAACCCACUAUAUUUUCCGACGUUCAAGAUGACAUGAAAAUAUGUCGUGAAGAGAUCUUUGGACCUGUAAUGUCUGUCAUAAAAUUCAAGACGGUGGAGGAAGUGAUCCAGCGCUCGAAUCAGUCUGAGUAUGGAUUAGGUGCAACUGUAAUGUCGAAGAACGUCGACAUAAUCAACACAGUAACACGUUCCCUCAAGGCAGGCAUUGUGUGGGUCAAUACAUACGGCAUUCUUACACCGUCGGCUCCGUUUGGUGGCUACAAAAGCAGUGGCUUUGGGCGAGAAAAUGGCGCAUAUGCACUGGCUAACUACCAACAAGUAAAGUCGGUGAUAAUGCCGAUUUGCAAUCCACCAUAUUUGUGAUAUACAUCUGCUCUCGUUUUACAGAAAUAUAUUUGUGAUAUACAUUUGCCGUACAUAUACUUCUAUAAAACCAUAGAACUAAGUUUGGUUGCCUGUUAAAUUAUGGUUACUUGCUUUGACACAUACGUUUAAAAUUAAAUAUAAAUUAUUGGUCAUA